CGCAAAUGUGCGGAGGACAAGAAUACUGGAGCACUGAUGGCCACUGUCUCCCCUGCAAGGGCUGCCCUCCAGGAGAGGAACCCGACAGAAAAUGUGGCUAUGGGGAAGGACUGGGGAUGAACUGCAAGGCUUGUUCGUCCGGCUCCUUCUCUCCUAGCUUUGGGCCGGAGCUCUGUUCGUCGCACACCCACUGUGAGGGCAAGAAGAGGGUCCGCGCCAGCCCCGGAACAGCUACGGCGGACGCCUUGUGCGGGGACUGCAUGCCAGGGUAUUACAGCCCCGAAGGCGAGACCGACCCGAAAGCCAUCUGCCUGCCUUGUCUGCCUGCCGCCAAUGGCAUGCCAGGAUGCCCAGGAUCCAGGAAGUGGCGGACCCGCUUGGCCCGGAACGCUGAGGCCCUGCAGAGGCGGGACGACAAGACAGCAGGGAACGGCACUCACGACGGGAAGGCGGAGGAGAAGGCCACGCAGUACGCCGUCCUGGCCAUCGUGCCGGUCUUCUGCGUGAUGGGCCUGUUGGGCAUCCUCUUCUGCAACCUGCUGAUGAAGAAAGGCUACCACUGCACGGCCCAUAAGGACGCGGACGAGGAGGGAGCCAAAUCGGAGCGGAACGGGAAUGCUUCCGCAUACAGAAUAGAAGACGCCAAUGAAGACACCAUUGGAGUCCUUGUGCGUCUGAUCACAGAGAAAAAGGAAAAUGCCGCCGUCCUGGAGGAGAUGUUGAAGGAUUAUCACAGCAAACAGAUCGUGCAGCCCAUUUUCAAGCCUGUGAACAAGUUGCAUCUGCUGCCUCAGCUUCCCCACAUCUGCCGGCACCAGCAGCACCUCCACACCGUCCAGGGCUUGGCCACCCGCUCUGGCCCCACCUGCACCCGAUGUAGCCAGAAGAAGUGGCCCGAGGUGCUGCCCUCCACGGAAGCUGCCGCUGCCGUCUCACCCGGCGGCACCAUCCCCAAACUAGCGAAGCCAGGAAGCAAGGCCGGCCGGCCGGGAGAGAUCACCAUCCUCUCUGUGGGCAGGUUCCGCGUCGCCCGUAUCCCCGAGCAGAAGCCCAGCCCCUCGGAAUUGAAAACGGUUUCGGAGAGCGUGGGGGCCGAAGCGGCUGAGCCCCCCUACGCCUGCCUCGUUCCAGAGCAAAAGCCCCUGGUCAGCAAUGGAGUCAAGCCCAAAUGGCUUACAACAGCAGAUGGCCAGCAAGAGGUGAUCAUCUGACUCCGCCAUGCCGCAGCAGAGAGGGAACAGCGGAUCAAUUGGAGGGGUCAAGCCAGAGAGCCCGCCGGGACAUGCAGGCACUGGGCAUCACAGAAGGUGAAGGACAGACCUCGGUUUUUCGCCCCCUGGGGAAAUCGCCAGCACCCUGGAGCGCUGUGGGGCAGGUCCCCACGGGUAACGCCGUCCGUGCCAACUGGAGACAAACGCCAGAGGACACAUUUGGCAUUGCAAAGACGCUUUCCGUUGAGGAGA